AUGUCGACCACCACAACCACGACCACGACGGCUGCGGACCCCAUCACCGCCGAGUCCAUCCUGCGCCUGUUCCCCGACAUUGACACGAGCACCGAGGCCCUCUCCGGCCACGAUGAGGAGCAGAUCCGCCUCAUGGACGAGGUCUGCAUCGUGCUCGACGAGAACGACAAGCCCAUCGGCAACGCCAGCAAGAAAGCCUGUAUGCGCCCCCCAGUCCUGUCCCUCGUUCGCACACGCUUGCCACCCACCGCGUGA